CUUUCCUGAACACUGCUGGGAGCUUCUGAAGCUUUCCAUCCUGUGUGGAUCAGAUUAGACAGCAACUCCACAGAGCCCCGGAAGUUAAAGAAGGCUGUUAGGAUUGUUUCCUCAUGAUCAGGGAAACAGCCUUCACAUUUGUAUAUGUUAUACAAUAUUUAGGGCAGGAUUCAGGGGCUUCAGAUUCUUUUGGAUUUGCAAUAAGAAUAGUCAAUACUUAGGCUUUUCUAAAUUCAAAAAUCGCUGCCACAUGUUCUAAUGUAAAUGUUUGAUUUCUCUAUUUGCAUUUUGGGGGACUGCCUUAAAAAUCAUUUACUGUUUUAUAGCUUUCUAUUAUAGCUACUAGUGUUACAUGAUUUUAUUUCUUGAAAUUGGGGAUCUAGAGCUUUUAGAAAUUAUACUAAUAUGCACUAUAAAUUUUAAAAUUACUUAAUUUAGUAAUUUAAUGCUUGCAGUAUGCAAGGGGAUGUAUUACUUACUGGAGGGAGAAGGGAGACAAAGACCAGACCUUGUAUUUAAGGAGUACUGGUAGCAUCAUUUAUCACUCAAGACAGAUGAAAUAAGGUCCAUAUGAGAACUAUAAGCAGAUGCUGUGAGUUCAGACCAAGGAGAAUCAGUUCUUGCUGUGGGUAAGGGGAAUGCUGUGUUUAUAAAGCAAAUGACAUGGAAACUGGAUCUUGAAGGAUGAGUUAGUUUUCAAAAGGUACCUGGGAAAUACUCAACAGAAAAAAGUCGUCUUUGGGCAGUGUCGGGGUCUGCCGUGUGUUGCACCGCUACUGACCACAGUGGAAGAGGCUCCACGGGGCAUCUCUGCUCGAGUCUGGGGACAUUUUCCUAAGUGGCUUAAUGGCUGGCUGCUUCGAAUUGGACCUGGGAAAUUCGAGUUUGGGAAGGAUAAAUACAAUCACUGGUUUGAUGGGAUGGCAUUGCUUCACCAGUUCAAGAUGGCAGAGGGCACAGUGACAUACAGGAGCAAGUUUCUACAGAGCGAUACAUAUAAGGCUAAUAGUGCUCAAAAUCGAAUUGUAAUCUCAGAAUUUGGCACACUGGCUCUUCCAGAUCCCUGCAAGAAUGUUUUUGAACGUUUCCUAUCCAGGUUUGAGCCGCCAGGUAAGCUGCAGCCAUGACUGACAACACUAAUGUCAACUAUGUGCAGUACAAGGGUGAUUACUACCUCUCCACUGAGACCAACUUCAUGAAUAAAGUGGACAUUGAAACUCUGGAAAAAACAGAGAAGGUAGAUUGGAGCAAAUUUAUUGCUGUGAAUGGAGCAACUGCACAUCCUCAUUAUGACCCGGAUGGAACAGCAUACAAUAUGGGGAACUCCUUUGGGCCACAUGGUUUCUCCUAUAAGGUUAUUCGGGUUCCUCCAGAGAAGGUGGGCCUUGGGGAGACAAUCCAUGGAGCCCAGGUGAUAUGUUCUAUUGCUUCCGCAGAAAAGGGGACACCUUCUUACUACCAUAGCUUUGGAAUGACAAGGAACUAUAUAAUCUUCAUUGAACAGCCUCUAAAGAUGAAUCUGUGGAAAAUUGCCACUUCUAAAAUCCGGGGAAAGGCCUUUUCAGAUGGGCUAAGCUGGGAACCCCAGUGUAAUACACAGUUUCACGUGGUGGAUAAACACACUGGACAGCUUCUUCCAGGGAGAUACUACAGCAAACCUUUUGUUACAUUUCAUCAAAUCAAUGCCUUUGAGGACCAGGGCUGUGUUGUAAUUGAUUUGUGCUGUCAAGAUAAUGGAAGAACCCUAGAUAUUUACCAGUUACAGAAUCUCAGGAAGACUGGGGAAGGGCUUGAUCAGGUCUAUAAUUCAGCAGUCAGAUCUUUCCCUCGAAGGUUUGUUUUGCCUUUAAAUGUCAGUUUGAAUGCCCCUGAGGGAGACAACCUGAGUCCAUUGUCCUAUACUUCAGCCAGUGCUGUGAAACAGGCUGAUGGAAAGAUCUGGUGCUCUCAUGAAAAUCUACAUCAGGAGGACCUAGACAAGGAAGGAGGCAUUGAAUUUCCUCAGAUCAACUAUGCCCAAUUCAAUGGCAAAAAGUAUCGUUUCUUCUAUGGCUGUGGCUUUCGGCAUUUAUUGGGGGAUUCUCUGAUCAAGGUUGAUGUGGUGACUAAGACACUGAAGGUUUGGAGAGAAGAUGGCUUUUAUCCCUCAGAACCUAUUUUUGUUCCAGUACCAGGAACCAAUGAAGAAGAUGGUGGGGUUAUUCUUUCUGUGGUGAUCACUCCCAACCAGAAUGAAAGCAAUUUUCUCCUAGUUUUGGAUGCCAAGAACUUUGAAGAGCUGGGCCGAGCAGAGGUACCUGUGCAGAUGCCUUAUGGGUUCCAUGGUACUUUCAUACCCAUCUGAUUGGACAACCACAAGACCUGGAAACUAGGUUUAAAAUAAGUGUGAACUUGGACAUAAAGACUGGAGCAAUAAACACUGAGACUCCAAAAGGGGGGCAAGGAGAAAGACGGGCGGGGGUUAAAAAGCUACCUUCUGGGUACUAUGUUCCCUAUAUGGGUGAUGGGGUCACUAGAAGCCCAAACCUCAACAUCACACAAUAUACCCAUGUAACAAGCCUGUACAUGUACCCAAGAACCUAAAAUAAAAAUAAAAAGAACAAAGGGUGCACU